AUGGGUGGUGGUGGCAAAAAGUUCAAUACUAAAAAGAAAGGAAUUACUAAUAUGCAGUUAGGUAGGGCUUUAUGUAACUCAUCAAGAAAUAGAGAGCUUAACUUUAAAGAUGAUCAUUUAUUAAAUGUGAUAUAUGAUAAUUAUGAUGAAUUGAAUCAUAAAAGUAUUGUAGAAAUGUCCUCUCUGGAUGAAUAUCUAUCUACAUCACUCAAAACUCAAGAAAAUUAUGAUCGAGGAUAUAUUCACAUAUUGACAAGUUUACCAAAUAACCCAAAAAAUAAUACACUAUUAAAGAGAGACAAAAAUUAUAGUAAUUUAGCAGAUGAAUCGGUUCCACAAUUAUCUAUACCACGCCGUCCAUUAUUACUUGUAGGUCCAAGUUGUUCUAUUAAAACUAUACCACCAAAAGAGGAGUUAGAGAAAGUGGAAGAGGAUGCAUUUUUAUAUUGGAGAAAAGAUAUUGCUGAGAAAGAGGAAAAAUCUAGUUUUUGUGUAACUCCCUUUGAGAAAAAUCUGGAAUUUUGGAGACAGCUUUGGAGAACUAUAGAGAAAAGUCAUGUGAUCGUAGAAAUUGUUGAUGGUAGAGAUCCAUUAUUUUUCAGGAAUAAAGAUUUAGAGUUAUAUAUAAAAGAAAUAGAUCCAUUUAAACAAAUAGUUCUAUUAAUCAAUAAAGCUGACUUUUUAAGUACAGAAUUAAGACAAGAAUGGUUAAAAUAUUUUAAAUUAAAUGUACCAAGUAUCAGAGUAUUUUUUUUUUCAGCUCUAAAUGAAAUAAAUAAUAGAGAAACAGAUAAAAAUAUAUCUUCUACAAUAUAUGCUCAGAUUACUAAUAAUCUUAUUAAUGAACCUAAAGAAUAUGAUAUUUUUACUACUGUGCAGCUAUUACAAAAAUUACAAGCUAUUGCAAUGAGUACUUUUGAAAAGUGUAAAAUGCGAUAUGAGGAGAGCUGUAUUUCUUAUGAAAUUUAUAACAAUAAACCCAAUGUAGAAUAUAGCAAGAAUUACUUUAUUGAAAGUAGUGAUUAUGAAAUAAAAAAUCAUGAAUUAAGUAGUAGAAGUAGUAGAGAAGAUAGUAGUUAUCAAUCAAGUUUACAUGAUAGUUGUAAUUAUGAUGGAAUAGAAGAAGAUUUGGGAAGAGUUUUGUCAUUAAAUAAUUUCUCUGAUAAACAAUUAGUAUAUAAAAAUAAAAAGUUGGAUCCACUAUAUCCAGGUAAUACUCCAACUAUUGGAAUGAUUGGAUUUCCUAAUGUAGGUAAAUCUUCAGUUGUAAAUGCUCUAUUUGGUCAUCAUCAAUUAUCAAUCAGUCAAACUCCAGGAAAAACUAAACACAUACAAACAUUAAAAAUAGAAAUAAAUAAUAUGUUGGGUAAAGUGACAGAAAAUAUUUUAAUAGGUGAAUUAAAAUAUAAUAUUAAACUUGGUUACUUAACACUGUGUGAUUGCCCUGGAUUAGUAAUGCCAUCAUUUGUAAGUACGAAAGAACAUUUAUUAAUCAAUGGUGUAACUUCAUUAGAUCAUUAUAAAGGAAAUUUUCUUAAUGCAAUACAAAUAUUAUGUGAUAGAAUUCCUAAUAAAUUAUAUGAUCUUUAUUUUGGAGAAACUUUUGAUAUAUCAAGACAUUUAGAUUCAAAAUCAUUCUUAACUAAAUUAUGUGAAUCAAGACAUCUAUAUCAACAGGGAAAAGGAGGUAUUGUAGAUUGGAAUAAAGCUGGUAGAAUGGUAUUAAGGGAUUAUUGGUCUGGAAAACUAUUAUUUUGUAAGUGGCCACCAACAUCAAAAAACAUUUAUACUAAUGAUAAUUAUCAUCUAACAAUAAAUAGGUCAAUCCAAGAUCAGUUUACAAUAUCUGACAGUGAUUCUAAUAAUAGUGAUGAUAUUGAUUUACUUGCACAUAAUAUGGUGAACAAUAAAAUUAAAAAAAAUAAGACAAAAAGACAAGUAAGAAUGGAUGUUAAGCGUUCUCAGAAGGGUAAACUCCAAUGUAAAUAUUGA